AUGUCGGCCUAUGGAAGAGUUCAACAAUGGGCCACAUUUUGUAGAGUGUGGCAUAUAUACGAUGCAAAAUGGCAAAACCCAUUUGAUUCAGCAAAACUUAUCAUUAAAUAUUUAACCGGAAAAUAUAAACCUAUUUAUCAUCCACAAAGUAAGUUAAUUUUAAAAAUUGUAAUUAAUUGUAAACACAUUGCUUUACCUGGAGAUGAAUGGAAAAGGCGAGUGUAUUUUCAUCAUACAGGUUAUCCUGGGGGAGCUUCAUGGACAUUGGCUUAUGAUUUACACAAAAAAGAUCCUACAAUGAUAAUGAAAAAGGCUGUGUAUUCUUCAUUGGACAAAAAUUUGCAACGAAGACAUACUAUGGAAAGAUUGCAUUUGUAUGAUGAAGAAAAAGUUCCUAAAGAAAUAUUGGAAAAUGUAUCUAGCCAAAUUGAACAGCUUAGAAUUGUUCCCCGUAAGCUUAAAAGCUAUUCCGAAAAAGAAAUUGAAGAAUUUCCAAAGCUUGCAAAUUAUUCUACUGAUUAUGUAAGAAAAUAA